AUGAAUUACUCGAAGUUCUCGUCGAAGGACCUUCGAAGCGUCGGAAAUUACACUCUAGGACGGUUGAUUGGGAAAGGCUCAUUCGGAAAAGUGUACCUCGCGUCGCACAAGCUCACGAAUGGCUCCAAGGUGGUGCUUAAGUCUUCUAGCAAGGAGGAUACCAACUUGGCCCGCGAGAUCCACCACCACCGUCAAUUCCUACACCCUCAUAUCGCACGCCUGUACGAAGUUGUGGUAACGGAGCAUCUGGUGUGGCUAGUGCUGGAAUAUUGUCCUGGCGAUGAACUUUACAAUUACCUCCUGCGCCAUGGUCCGUUACCAGUCGAGAAAGUCAAACGAAUAUUUACCCAAUUAGUCGGCGCAGUGGCAUACGUCCAUAGCAAGUCCUGCGUUCACCGAGACCUGAAAUUAGAGAACAUCCUCCUGGACAAACAUGAAAAUGUCAAAUUGUGCGAUUUCGGAUUUACGCGCGAGUAUGAAGGCAAGGCCAGUUACCUGCAGACAUUUUGCGGGACGAUUUGCUACAGCGCACCGGAAAUGUUAAAGGGAGAGAAAUAUGCUGGAGAGAAGGUGGAUGUCUGGAGUCUGGGAAUUAUUCUCUUUGCGCUUCUCGCCGGCGAGUUACCCUACGAUGAUGACGACGAUCAAGUAACCAAGAAUCGCAUUCUAUCGGAAGACCCUAUUUACAACGACAAAUUCCCAGAAGACGCCAAGGCUCUAAUAAAUCUUCUGUUAUCGAAACGCCCUUUGAUCCGGCCCAGCCUCGAAGAUAUCCUUGCCCAUCCUUUCCUUGGUGACCAUGCUCCCGAACAGCUCGCCAUUCUAAAAAUCCCACGCCCUUCGCCUUUUACAACUCCCCUGGAGAAGACUACGUUACAACGGAUGAAGAGUGCAGGAGUAAAUAUCGACGAAGUUAUUGAGAAUGUGCUGGCUCAAAGAUGCGACCCUCUGGCUGGGUGGUGGGCGCUUUUGAUAGAGAAGGAACAGCGCAAGGAACAAAAACGAGAGCGCAAGCGUCGGGAACGAGAUGCGGAGGCUAAGAACCUUCGUCGUCUGAGUGCGGCAAGCAGCCGACUAGAGAAACUUUCAUCGGCGCUGGUGGAGGUGGACGAGGAGGGCCAUGUGAAUUCGACUGGGCUACAUGACCGGGGACGUCGUGAUCGACGAAGUCUUCCAUCACAGCUCGCUGUUCCGGACUUACCUGCGCUGCCCGAACCACUACCAACGGAAAUGUCCGAUCAGAGGAGUGCUCCACCAACGCCUCUGGAUAAAGAUUCUGUGCACUCUAAUUCUUCAACCCGACGGCGCCCCGUUCCUCCACCUAAAGAUAAAAGGCGCUCUCGGCCUAGUAUGUUGCAUGUAAGCGCAUCACAACCAGAGCUCGCCCAGCACCACGGCCUUUUUCGCCGCCGCACCUCGACUCCUCGACGCCAUAACCCAAUAAUCAGCCAGCUAGCUUCUCUAAAGCACUGGUUCGUGGAGUCAGCCAAAAGAGCGAAAUCCCCAAGUGCUAAAUCUAGUGGAUCUCGUAAAUUCGCGGAGAAGUUCAGCCCUGCUAAAAGCCAGGAUAGCAACAAAAAGACUGUGUCGGUCCCUGCUUCGGUUGCACCAGUGUCAGAAGAAAUCGUCACACCAACCCAGAUCAAGCGAAUCUCCAAUGCUAGUAGCUUGGCUCCUAGCAGCGCAUCUUACCGCCAAAAUCGACACUCGUACCCUCGCCAGUCUCGGGCUCUGAACACUGGCCAUUCAAGCAAUCGCAACUCACUCUCGCCAUCCCCAAUCACCCCUCGUGGAUCAUACCGACGCUCGUCGGCGGGAUUGCGUGGCCGCAAAUCGACAUCCUCAUCUGUCUCAUCCAUACGCAGCAUUCACCAUACCCGCGCACACUCUAAGGCUUCUUCGAUCUCUUCAAACAGUAUUGACACGGUUGCUACGCCCACAGCAAGAAUCUCCAGAUCUCCUCACAAUUCUAUCAAAGUAUUACCAACAACCCCAGGUGCAUCUGCUCGCUUCCCGAGUAAUAUUCGGCUAGUACGCGGUCCAAGUGGAUCGAGGGAAUUAAGUGACCGUCUAGCCCCAGGGCCAUCAAGUUUCAAUGAGGCUGCACCUACACCUUUACUGUACUCGCCUUCAUCAAGUCUGGUGUUUGCCCGGCGAAAGAGAUCUGCUUUCAAAGGACCCAUGCUUAAUACAUCUAAUCUCAUGGUGGCUGGUGGAAUGGUACAUUCUCCUAUUCCCGGCCAACCUGAAGGUACUCCAGUCGAAGCAAUUAUUCCAGUCGGACGACCAACUGCUCGGAAAAGUCAGAUAAUCGAGGAAGAGGAAGACGACGAGGACAUCGAAGAAGUCGAUGAAUUUGAUGAACCUGAGGAGGAGACUGGCGAGCCAGCUGAUGCAGUACACGAGGAGCCUGACCCUGAAACCGAGACAAUCAAAGACCCAGAGACGCAGGUCACGGAGACUGGAUCUCCUGUAUCAAUCCGCAAGCCGGCUCUUGAACCUGCGCCUGAGUUAGAUUCCAGUCCUCUCAGGCCACCUCGCACAUCCUCUUUGCGUUCACCACCACCAGAAGCCGCAGCAGCCAUUGCAGAAGUGACGGGUGCCAGUGAGGUGGACCCGCAGGAAGAGAUCUCAACUGAGGAUGUCAAUGCUACCGCUGGUGAUGCUUCUAAAGCGGACGACCACUCUCAAUAG